AUGGACAGUAAAGUGAUUUUCUUAAUUAUAGUGAUAUUCUGCCCAAUAGCCUUAGAAUCUGCUACUGAUUGUUCUAAACUACGUAUCGGGCAGUUCCUGUGUCCAGAUCCAGACUCUUCAUACGAUUAUAUAGACAAAAAUACACAAAGUGUUAUUGGAUGUUCGAAAGAAGGAACCGCAAAAGUACGAUGUAUAGCAAGUGAAGGCAUAAUAUGUGAAGAUUCAUCAAAUAACACAUUUUAUAGCUCCAUUCCUUGUGAAUAUACAAAUGGAAAGCACUUUGAUGUUGCUCUGAUUCUAUCGAUUUUCCUCGGCAUGUUUGGUAUCGAUAGGUUUUAUUUAGGAUAUCCUGCUAUAGGAUGCUUUAAAUUAUUCACAUUAGGAUUCAUGUUUUUGGGACAAUUAAUCGAUGUCAUACUGAUCGCAUCUCAGAUCGUAGGACCUGCUGAUGGCUCUAGCUACGUAAUACCUUAUUAUGGUCCGAAAUUGACAAUCGUACAAAGCAAUAAUUGGACAUACCGAGUUCCCACAUGGUUCGAUUAG